AUGUUUGUCUGCAAAGGACCCCUCGCCGUGCGGCCUACGCACAUUCUGCUCGUCUUCUUCAUCAUUGGGGUCUUCCUUUUCGGCGCCCAGCGAGGCGUCGUCACGCCCCCGAGCUCACCGCUGCUGAAGGAUGCAGAGGUUAACGAGGACGGGAGCGCAUCUGCCGAGGAGCUGUACCUGGCGCGUCUGGGGCGCGAGCUGGGACUGUCGCAGCAGGCGAUCUGGAGGGCCUGGAGGAUCGUUCCCAGCGAGCAGUCGGACGAGUGGCCGUCGGUGACGCAGGUGAGACUCAACUUCGAGUCGGUCUCGUCCAAGACGAUCGACAUCAACGCCCCGGACCGCAUGGACCUCUAUGCCAAGAAGAGGAUGCAGCUUCCCGUGCCCGUCAGCCCGAUGCUGGACCAGGUCGACGCCUCCGACUUCCUCUUUGGCAUCUCGACGACGGUGGCGCGCAUCGCCGACCGCGACUACGCCAUGGUCAAGGCAUGGUCGCGCUGGCUCACCGACGGCCACCACCACGCCAACGGUGCCAGCCUGGUCGUCGUGCUGGACCAGGCCCGCCCCGACGAGCUCGAGGAGAUUGACAACGUCCUGCAGGCCACCGGCAUCGACUGCUGGGUCACGUCGACCGAUGAGCCCAUGUCCAUGGCCCGCCGGUACGUCGAGCUCACCAGGAUCCUCAGAACUUUUGCCGCCAACAUGGAGAUGAAUGGCCAGGAGAAGCGCUGGUUCGGUCUCGUCGAGGACGAGGUCUUCUUCCCCAGUCUGGCGAACCUGCGUGACCGUCUCUUCGCCUACAACACCGACAGCCCUGUCUACAUCGGCGUACCUAGCGAACGGCCGGACUGGUCCGAGGGCGGGAAGGCCACCACGACCUUUGGCGGCGGCGUCGUCAUCUUCUCGCGCAGCGCCGUCUCCGUCACCGCCAGCCUGCCCUGCUUCGAGUCCGGCCAGACCAUGUCCUUCACAUCGAAGCGCUGGGAUGAGCUCCUGCAGACGUGCAUCCUCAAGAACACGGACAUGAACAUGCACGUCCUACCCGGCUUCUUCUCGCCCAACGACGAGGCCGCCGUAGCCGACACGCAGUCCGACAGCUACGAGAUGGGUCUCCAACCCCUGCUGCUCCGCCGAUACGGAGAGCGCCACCUCCUCGACGUCAACAAGGCCCACCUGGUGACCAAUGUCUGCGGCGAGGCUUGCUUCAUGCAGCGCUAUCUCUUCCGCGACAACUGGGUCCUUGUCAACGGCGUCUCCCUGAACCACUACCCCGACGGCGUGGAAGUGCACAUCCUCAGCGAAAAUCGGUACGACGAGGAUGACGACGGUGCCCAUGGAAAGGACGUCGACAGGGAGACCCCCACCUCUCACAAGAAGUCUUCGUCGCCGUCCACACCGCAGACACCCGACCGCAUAGUUAUCGACGACAACAUUGCCGAGAUCGACAGGGCGCAGAUAAUCUGGACGGGCAGGCGAGAUUCGUGGCGUCUCAUGGAUUCAGCCACAACCAAAGACGGUUCCGUAUGGCAGGCUUACGUGCGGAAAGCCGGGCGCGGAAGUGAAGAUAACAAGGACUCUGUCAUUGUCCUGAUAUGGGAGAUUCCCAAACCAGCAGCAUCAUAA